UCUACUCGCAUAAAAUCCAAGAUGGCGAACCUUCACUGAGCAAAGUGCCAGUUGUGUGUGCUAUUCUAAAAAAUCCAAAAACUCACACGUUUUCUCGAUUAAAAGAAAAUAAUAAACUCGUGUUUUCUAUUAACGUGAUUAAAAAUGUGAAAAUUCUUUUUUUGAAUUUGACAAAAGUGUUCAAAUUCCCCUGUGAAAUAAGUGAAAGAAAUGUGAAAAGUGUAUUUAGGAAAAAGAAAAAAAAAACCUCGCUAGUGCUGUCCUCUGUGCAAGCUUCUCCGAAACUAACAAAAAGAAUAAUUUUCAGGUGAGAAGAAAAAAAUAUAAAUAAAAACAAUAGUCAGGUGUUAAAGUGAAUAAAAAAAAACAAUUGAUAAAUUCGCGUUGUGAAAUAAAUCAAAUAUUGAGGUACGUUAAUUAAAAAAGGAUUUUUUUUUCACUCGUGUCGCCAUCUGUCGGACAUAUGUCAAGAGAAUUGUGAUUGGUUUUUGCAUUGAAUCGUUGAAAAAAAGAAUUUUUAGUGAAAAAAAAACGUUUUAAAAUAAAUUUCUUAAAAACUAAUAGUGUUAUUAAAUUUGUUUUUGCGAAAGAAAUAAAAAAUUUGCAAUCGAACAAGUAAAAUCAUGUUGCCUAGAUGGUGUCAUGGCGACUUUCUCAAUUGACCAAUCAGCGUUGAGUUUCAUAAAUUCCCUUGUGUUUGUGUGAUUCGCGUCAUUUCGUUUAGUGUACACGCUCCCCUCUUCUAUUCACGUCAAGUGAGAAAUAAAAUAUUUCCUUCUCUUUUUUUCGAAAUAGAAAAAAAAAAAAAAAAAAUUUUGUCCCUUAUUUUCGCGACGAAAAAACCUUUUUUUUCCCGUAACAAUCGAAAUAAAAAACGGCUUCUAAAAAGUUAAUUUCAUCAUUCUCGAAAUAAUGGCGGUACGAUGGGUCACGUGACCCUCGCGGAAAUAAAAGGGGGAGAUAUCAGAGAGAGACAGAGAGAAAUGGCGCAAACCAGAGAUCGAAAACAUGGGAAAUGUUGCGUGUUCCCGGGGGAAUGUCAAUGUUUAUUUGUUUACAAUGAUAAUAAUAAUUGAAAAAUGUUUAAUUGUGACACGUGUUUUUUGAAAAGUGAGAUAAAAAUUUUACGUACAAAAAGUGUGUGAAUUUUUUUGCUAUUGUGUUUUUUUUGUUUUAUUUUUCACGUCGUAAUAUAUAGUGGGAUAUAUAUAUAUAUAUAUAUAGUUUGGUGUGAAAAAUGACGGGACGUGGGACAAAACGUCGUGGAAGACCGCCAAAGUCGGUGGUUAUGGAGAGACCAAAAAAAUUUCAAUAUCAUUUAAUGAAAAAACCAAAAUAUUUACAACAAAAUAAAGGAAUUGAUACGCCAUCAAGUCAACCGGGUACGCCGACAAUUUCGAGGGCGUCGUCACCGGUCGAAAGUGAGGAAAGCAGACGAAGUACGAGAAGUAGAAAAAGCCGUGGUGGACGAGAACGAAAUUCACGAAAAGGUGGACAUACAACAGGUGCAUAUCAAAGACGUGGUUACAAUACAAAUGUCGAUUAUCAUGAUUCAGAAUAUCAUUAUGGCUCUGAUUUUGGUGAUGAAUCAAGUGAAAAAAGUGAUCUCGAAGAAGAGCCAAUACAAUCGGAUGAUAAUUCAUCGGAAUCAAUACAAGAACAAGAUCCAUCAAGCGAUAGUGAUUUUUCAUUAUCAAGCUAUAGUAAUACAAGUGGUACACCACGUAAAUCAUUAUUAAAUCAACAACAACGACCGCCAAGUCCCGAGCCAUUAUGGUUACAAAAUCGUGAAUUACCAACACUUGAAUUACCAAAAUCAUCAGAUGAUUUAUUAGUACCAAAACAAUUUGUCAUGCCAUGUUUAUCAAUUUAUGAAGUAUUGAGACAUUUUCAAACAUUAGUACGUUUAACGCCAUUUCGUUUUGAAGAUUUUUGCGCAGCACUAAUGUGUGAGGAUCAAACAAAUUUAUUAACGGAAAUUCAUAUAAUGUUAAUAAAAUCAUUAUUGCGAGAGGAAGAUUCACAACAAACACAUUUUGGACCAUUGGAUCAAAAAGAUUCAGUUAAUGUGAGUUUAUAUUUUGUCGAUUCAAUGACAUGGCCUGAUGUUUUACGUUCAUAUAUUGAAAGUGAUCGUACAUUUGAUCAAAAUAUAUUGACAAUACUUGCCAAUUGUGAAUAUCCAUUUACAAAUAUUGACGAUAAAAUUAAGGUACUACAAUUUUUGACAAAUCAAUUCCUUAUCACGAAUCCUGUUCGGGAGGAUCUUUUACAUGAAGGAAAUGUUCAUUACGAUGAUCAUUGUCGAGUUUGUCAUCGACUUGGUGAUUUACUAUGUUGUGAAACAUGUCCAGCUGUGUUUCAUUUGAGUUGCGUUGAACCACCAAUGGUCGAUGUACCAACUGAAGAUUGGCAAUGUAGCCUAUGCAAAGCGCAUAAAAUCAGUGGCGUUGUCGAUUGUAUUCCGGACGUUGAAAAAAAGGGAAUUCUCUGUCGACAGGAACAUCUUGGCUUCGACAGACAUGGACGAAAAUAUUGGUUCCUUGGACGACGAGUUUUCAUUGAAAGUGAAGACGGCGAAGUUUGGUAUUACAGUACGCCAUUACAAUUAGAGGAAGUAAUCGCUGCAUUGGAUAAAACUGAAAUGGAAGUUGCACUCUUUCGUGAAUUAUCCGAUUAUAAAGAUGAAAUUGUCCGUCAAAUGGAAAUAACCGAAACACUCACCAAUCAAUUUAAGGGCAACAAAAAAUCCUAUCUCGAAGUUGAAAAUGCGACAAUUUUGAAACAAAGAAAAGAACGUGACGAGCGCAUUGAAAAGGAAAAAGAGGAAAAACUUGAGAAGGAACGUCUCGAAGCAGAGGAAAUGGUACGUAAAAUGCACGAGGGAACAGAUUCACUGGAGGAACGUUUGGCAAUUGUUUCCGGACAAAGUGACGAUAAAGAAAAUGAAAUUUCAACCUCGACAAAUCAAGUUCCUGAUUGUAUUGGCGAUACAAUUGAAGUUAGCGAAAGUACUGAGAAUCUUGCAAAAAUGAUGAAAACCCCGUCGUCAUCAUCGACCGACGAUAUUGAAGAGGAAUUAUCGUCAACUGUUGUUGAAACCUCAACAACUACAACAACAACAACAACAACAACGCCAACAACUCCAACUACAGCAACAACAAACGAAGAAGGUGUAAAAAUUAAAGACGGUAAAUCACAUAAAAUUCUCACACGUUCAAAAACAGGUUCUUUAACCCCUCGUACUUUCAAUAUGGAAGAUUUAAAAAGACGAAAUAAAGAAGAACUCGAUAGACAAUUAAAGGAAGAAAGCGAAAGUACACGUUUAACACGUCAAAAAGCACAUCAAAUCGCAACGGGAACACAUUUAUUUAAACUUGGUAUGGACAAUAAUUUUAAAUCCUAUGUCAAUCAAUAUACGACAAAUGUUAUUGCGCUGAAUAAACCCCAACGUAAUGAGGAACGUGAUAAAAAACGUCAUUUAUCGCAUAAAUUCUCAUUAACGCCAUUGUCGGAAUUUAAAUGGAUUGGCAGUAUCACAGGAACACGUGCUCUUUUAGUGUCAACAUUACGACAAACGAUAUUACAACUUGAGAGUAAUAUACAAGCAUCGUUUAUGCAUACAAAUUGGCCACUAUUGAGAAAACCAUGGACAAGUGCAGUGGGUACUUGCGUGAAUGCACGUGAUUUUGCACGAGCUUUAAUUGUCCUUCAGGCUUGCAUUAAACAAGUUGUUUUUGCAAAUGUUUGGCAUGAACAAUUGGGACAUGUGAAAUUAAAACGUGUCACUGCAUUGGAACGUGAGGAAAAGAAACGUUUGGAUAAAAAAGAGAAAAAAGAGAAAGAGGACGAGGAGGAACGUAAUCGUUUAACGUAUAAUUUUGUUAAAUACACAUUGGGUUUGAAACAUCAAAUUUGGAAACAAAAAGGUGAAGAAUAUCGUGUACACGGUCAAUGGGGUUGGUUGUGGAUUUCCGCUGGUAGAAGGCUGAAAAAUCAUCCAGUUAAAGUUGAUCUUAAACAGGGUGCACAAAAAAUAAUGCUACAAAUACGCGAUCAAGAUGGUAUUAAAAUAUUGGCAUUGGAUCCAAUGACGCAUGAUUAUAUUGUCGAGGAAUAUGGCGAGAAGAAAAUUGAUUCUGCCAUUGUGAAAAGUGAUUCUUCUGAUGGUUUAAAAAUUGAUAAGGAAACAAAAAUUGAGAGGGAAAAAAUUGAGGACGAAAAAUGUGACAAGGAAAUAAAAGUGGAGGUCAAGGAGGAGACGAGGGUCAAGCGAAGUUUGCGGAAUCAACAGCGACGUGAGUCAAAAUUACUUAAAGAAGAGGAAAUGAAAAAUGAAAUCAAAAAAGAAGAUUCCGCCGCUCUUCAGUCUGAUUCCGCCGCCUCCAAGAUUGAUUCCACUGAUUCUAAAAUUGAUUCUGAUGGUUUUAAAGGCUAUUCCGCCGAUGUCAAAAGCAAUUCAAUUGAUUCUAAAAAUGAUUCCGAUGGUUUUAAAGGCUAUUCCGAUAAAGAUAUGGAGAAAAAUGAUUCCACAGUUACAAAAAGUGAAUCGAAUGAUUCAAAAGAUUCCAAUGAUUCGACAGAUAGUAAAGAUUCCACUGAUUUAAAAAAUAAUUCCAUCGAUUUGAAAAAUCAAACAACAAAAGAGCAAAAAAAUCGUACAAAUCUUGCAUUCCUCGCUGGAAUGAAAAUACAAAAGGUAUUUGAGCCAAUAAUAAAUUUGGAGGAAAUUGAUAUUAUGAAAGCGUUAACAACACCUGGUAGGAUACUUUAUCCAAAAAUAGCGAAAAAAACACGAAUUGAUGAAUUUUUAGCGCGACGAACACAUUUAAAAAUACUUGAGGAGAGGAAAUUUUUACAAAUUGAAAAACCAAGUUGUUUAAAUCAAAUAUUGAAAAAUGAUAAUGAGGAACGUAAUAAUAAUACUGGGAGUGAAACUAGUGAAACAACAACGACAACAAUGACAACAGCAACACCUGAACUUACUGAUAUUGUGAAUAAUAUUAUUUCUGGUAAACCAUUAAAUAAAUCAAUAACGCCACAAGCUAAAAAUUUAAUUAUUGUUUUAUCGAAACGUAUUCAACAAGUACGUUUACAAUAUGCGAAUAUAAUGAAAUUAACAAGACACAGUAAAUGUUAUUCGAAAUAUUGUAAUAUGCAACCAAUUGAAAAAACAUCGUGUGCUACACAAUUGUUGUCAGCAAAUUGUUAUUCGCCAAUUUGUUUAUUAAAGGCACGAUUAAAACGGGAGCUUAUUAUUCUUAUGAGGAAGGUGAAUGCAGUGAAUAAUAAUCAGCUGUCGAGUUUAGCAAGAGUUGGAGAUGUCCCAGCAACGGCAACAACAACAGCUGCAGAUAAUAAAAAUGUGACAAUUAAAACUGAAGCCAGUGAAGAAAAUAAGGAGGCAAUUCGAAAAAAUUUGGAAUCGUCGACAAAUGCAUCAACAACUUCAGAUUUGGAGAAAGUGAAAACUAAAAAUGAGGAUGAAAAUGAACCGCAAGCAAAACGAAUUAAAUUAGAAGUGAAAGAAGAAGAAAAAGAUGUAAAAACAGAGAAACCGGAAACAAUUGUCACGAGUAAUAUUACAACGACAACAACAGUAACAACAACAACAACUAGUCAAACUGUUAAAACAGUCGAUGGUGUUGUACAAAAAACUCAGGAAAGUGUUACAUCGGAAAAUUCCAUUGAUGUCACGACAGUCACUUCCGAGACAAAAAGUGUUCCCGGGAAUACGACGACAAUUAUCGUAAAUCGUCGAGGACGAACAGUGCAUCGUUCUGCAGUGGCAAAAGAAUUAAAUGCCGAUGGUUCAGAGAGAAUUUAUUCGGCACAAUCAACUGAGGGUAAGGUUUAUUUGAAGAAAAUUUCCAUUUCAUUAGCUGAAAGAAAGAAGAAACGUACGCCCGUUAAAUAUCCAUUGUGUUCGACAUUUUGUACAAAAAAUAAACAUCGUAGUAUUCUUCUAUUGCCACAACAUGAAUUGAGAAAACUCGCUCGACAUGGUGGAAGAACGCCCGUUUUUGGAUUUAAUCAUUCGGCAAAGGCAAAUAUGUCGGUGUGGCCGUAUCAGUGUUCGAGGCCUCUAUUUAAAACAUGCUGGCUUUAUCGUACAGUGGGAUUAAAAUCUCUAUCGUCGGCUGCACUUCAAUUGAGAAUAUUGUGGGCAUGUUUGAGAUGGGACGAUAUGGCAACAAAACCAUUGUCAAAUGAUGGAAAACAUCAAAUAACAACUGACACGGAAAUAAUGUCAUUGGAAAUAUUAAAACAUCGACAUGUUGGACAAUUUUUGGAUAAAACACAAUAUUUACGUCGAAAAGUUCUUAUUCCAUUGGAACUUCCAAAACAAGUCCGAGAAGUCACUUCGAUAAGAAGCGGUUUACGAAAACGAAAACGACCGGAAUCGCCUCACAGUACGGAACCACAAGUCUCGGAGGAAUGGGUCGAUGAGGAUAAACUCGAACUCUGGGAAAUCAAACAAUACGGCGACAGGUUAGAGAAGGCUAAUGCCCAGAUUAUUACUAGGAGCCGUUCGGGCACACCACAAGUUGCAACUGGUGGCAAUCGUUCAUCAUUGUCAUCGGGUGGAAAUGCAUCAGCAACGGCCGCCGCUGGCGAUCAACUCGUCAGCGGUAAACAAACACCCGAGGAAAUUAAAGAGAAAAUGGAACAACAAUUGCGAAUGCAACGCGCCGCACAUCAACAAAAACGUGCACUCGAAACACUCAAGAGUCCAGCGAAUGCAAAUUUACCCGCUAAUCAACUCGUCAAAGUCACCACCAGCUCCAAUCAAGAUGGAGCUAUAAAAGUCGUGACAAAAGUUGCAAUUCCCGCUAAUCCAAAUGCGGGAAAAUCACAACUUACCUCAUUAUUGACAACACCAACGCAAAAUAAGGCUCUAAUUGGAACACGACGAAUUUACAUGACAAAAACUCCUGAUGGAAAUACGCGAAUGAUAACGGGACCAACGAGUAUUCUUCCAAAGACUGAAUCGCCACAAACUCCAAAUCGUCAACAAUCAUUAAUAAAAGUAACUGGCACACCGAUACCGGCUCCAAAUCCUGCACUACAAAGUAUUCAACAACGUGUACAAAUAUUACGUGGUCCCGAUGGUAAAUUACAAGUUCGUGGAUUAAUGCCCGGUCAACAAUUGGUACAAAUGCCCGAUGGUAAAUUACAUGUUUUAAAUACAAAUCAAACAGCACAACAAAUUGCCACAGCUCAACAACAACAACAAAAUACUCCCGUUAAUUCGCCACUUUCAACAACACCAACGACAAUAACAAAAACAACAAAUACAGCAGCACCAAAAAUUGCUCCUGUUAAAAUUACACCAGCAAAAACAACUGCUGUUAUUCAACAAGAUGGUACAACGGAACAACAACAACAACAAACGCCAAAAAUUGUACAAAGAAAAACGGGAACACCGGCAAAAAAUACAAUUCUUGUUACAAGUAGUGGACAAAUUGUACAAGGACAACAAAUAUUACAAAGUGGCGCACAAGUUGUUGGUGGUAAUCAAAUUGUUGUUAAUAAUCCAACAUUGGCGCAACAACUCGCUUCGGGUAAAGCACAAUUGGCAACAAUUGGUGGGCAUCAAGUUAUUAUAAGAAGUACAUCGGCUGGUAAUCAAAUAUUCCAUUUGAAUUCCACUUCUACAACAUCAACGAAUAAUAGUGGAAUUAUUGUGAAAAAUAGUCCAACUGGAAAAUUAGUGACAAAAAUUGAAAAUACACAGGAAAAUGUUGUUGUUAAUAAUAAUAAUAAUGUUAAUGCAACACCAAUUACAAGUGUAACGACAACAACAACAACGACAAUAACGGCAAAUAAUUUGAGUACAACAACGGCGACGAGUACAAUAACAACGACAGCAACAACAACAACAAAUACAAGUCAAGGGAGUGUUGUGACAACGCCGCAAACGACGACGACGACAACAACGUCAACGGCGGCAACACCGGGUAGUGUUGAGGCAUCAUUAUUAGUUGGACAUCCACCGGGAACGAUUAUCAAGUGUGUUACCGCUCAAGUAAUACAAACGAGUCAGGGACCAAGAAUUGUACUUCAGGGAUUGCAGGGUACCGAUUUUACACCACAGCAAUUGUCAAUGGUACAGCAACAGGUGAAGCAACAACUUUUAAAAGCGCAAGCAACCACCGGCAAACAAGGCGUUCUUGGGCCAACGAAACUUUAUGUUGCUGUUCAUCCACCGGCUACUCCAUCAACUCCAGCGCAAACUUCAGGCCUCACUCCAACCACAACUACUCCAGUUGUUAAUUCUAAAACCGAACCGGAAACUGAAAAUGAACAAAAUUCUCCUACUCUUUCACCUGUUAUCAAGAAAGAAACGGAAAUAAAGGCGGAAGUUACUUCUACACCUGCGACACCGGAAAAACCAAAAGUUGUUGUUCAACAAGUUGGAAGAAAUGCAGAAACCGAAGAUGGACCACAAAAAAUUCAAAUGGCAAAUGGUCAACAACCAUUGCAAACAUUGAAAAAAGAACCUGGUCAAGCUUCGAAUAAAUUUGUCAUUACUCCCGAUUAUAUUCAACAAACUAUUAAAAGUGCAUUGAAACAAGAAAAUUUAAAUCCUGAAAUUGAGGAGAAAUUAUUGCAACUUCAACGUUAUCAGGAGAAACAAAUGAAAGGCACAGAAAAUACAAUAACAAGUAAUCAGAGUCAUCAUCAAAUUACAACAACGCCACGAACACCAGCGAGAAAAAGACCAGCGCCAAUGACAACAACAACAACACCUGUAACAACAGCAACAACAACAACAACAACAAACAUUCCACCACCGGUAAACGUCACUAAUUUACAAAAUCUCGUCAAUGAUAAAGACAUUGAUUGGACGGAGCCACCAAAGAAGAAACCAUCGCCGAAAAUCGAUCAUCAUCAUCGAGAGCCCGUCAAUAAAAGACGAAGUGAUGAAUUGGAAAUGCAGGAGAAUGAAAUCUCGCCGAAGAGUCGGCCAAAUAAAUUGCGCGACUCGCAGGAUUUAAAGAGAAAAUCAAGGGUGACAUCGCAAAUGAAUGUUUUACUUUUUCGUCAUAAGGAAAUGUUGAAAAAAGAUAUUCUCAAAAAACGAGCGCUUCUUGAAAAGGAACUUUCCAUCGAUAUACAGAAGGAUCUCUCGGCAGAAUUGGCGAGUCGAACAAAAGCUGAGAGGCAUAAACAAGAUGAGGUUAAAGUUGGAAGCGCAAAACGUAAAGGUAACGCGCAACCUGGACAACAAGUGAGUCCGCCAAACCGAGGGGGAAAACCAAAAAAUCGAAGGAGCCACGGCAAUAGUACAACGCCACCAGGUGGUUCAUCGGCGGCGAAUGCAAAUCGAAUCAAAAAAGAGAAACUUUAUUGUCUCUGCAGGACACCAUAUGAUGAAACUAAGUUCUACGUGGGAUGUGAUUUGUGCAACAAUUGGUUCCAUGGUGAAUGUGUUGGCAUUACCGAGGAAAUGAGUAAAACUCUCUCGGAAUUUGUUUGUACCGAAUGUCGACACGCAAGAGACACACAGGAACUUUAUUGCCUUUGUAAACAGCCUUACGAUGAAUCUCAGUUUUACAUCUGUUGUGACAAAUGUCAGGACUGGUUCCACGGUCGUUGCGUUGGUAUUUUACAAUCAGAAGCGGACAAUAUUGACGAAUAUGUGUGUCCAAAUUGUCAACGUAAUUCGUCGGUGAAUUUUGCGAAUAUGAAAAAUUUAAAUGCAAAAGAUCUCGAUCUGUUGAAAAAAUUAAUCAAACAAAUACAGCAACACAAAAGUGCUUGGCCGUUUAUGGAACCUGUCGAUCCGAAUGAGGCACCUGAUUAUUAUAAAGUUAUCAAAGAACCAAUGGAUCUACAAACAAUUGAAUUGAGGAUAAACGACAAGAGUUACAAAAAAUUAAGUGAAUUUAUUGGCGACAUGACAAAAAUAUUUGACAAUUGCCGCUACUAUAAUCCAAAGGAAUCGCCAUUCUUCAAAUGUGCCGAGGCCCUUGAAACUUAUUUCGUCCAUAAAAUCAAGUGUCUACGGGAAAAGUUCUCCGAAGGUAAAUGAAAAAAGCAAAAUUAAAAACAAAAAUCAAACGAACAAUUUAAAACUUACUAAAAAAAAAGUGUCGUGUAAAAUAUUGAAAAAAAAAUAACUUUUACAAUUUAAAUUUCGCCAAAUGCGAAAAGAGCCGAGAGAGACUCGCAGUUAACGCGGUUUUUUUUUUUAAUUAUUGUUUUCCCUCUAAGAAAAAAAAUUCCGCGAAUUAAAACAAAAAAUAAAUCAGUGAAAAUAAUUUCGUGUGUGUAAAAGAAGAGAAGAGAAGAGGAAGAAGAAAAUAAAUUGCAAAAAAAAAAAUUGAAGAAAAUCGAGGAAAAAUUAUGAAAGAAAAUUAAAAAGGGGGAGGGGAAACAAAGAAGAAGAAAAAUGUGUGUAAAAGAAGAGAAAGGAGAACCGCUUCUGUGCCAGUAAAAAUAAAAAAUAAACACAAAACUCAAAUUUAGAUCUUAAGUAAUAAAACCAGUAGCGUUAAAAACGUUUCACGUUGUUUUUUUUUUUUUUUUUUUUUUUUAUUUUUUUUCUCUCUUUUUUAAUUUAAUUUAUUCGCUCCUGUGUAUGUGUCACACGUCUCUCGACGCGGAAUAUUUUUUUUUUUUUUUUUUUUACCGAAUUAUACAUAAUAAUAGUAAUAUUAUUAUUAUUAACAAUAAUAAUAAUAAUAAUAAUAAUUGAAGAUGAGAAGAAAAAAUGGUAGCUGAAAAUAAUAUAAAAAAAAGAAAAUAAUUCAAUAUUUGACGCUAGAAAAAAGAAAAUGCAAAAAAAGAAAAGAAUGAAUGAAAAAUGUGUGAAUGAUUAAUUGGGGAAAAAGAAGAAAAAGAAUCAAGAAAAAAAACUAAAAAUUUAUAGGAAUCAAUAAAGAAAAGAAGCCAAACGUGUUUCGGUUAAAAUUUUCUUAUACAGAAAAAGUGCAUAAUAAUAUUUAUUCAUUGAUAAAUAAUAAUUAAUAAUUGUUAAAUGAUAAUUAAUUAAUUUAUAAUUGCUGAAGCAAAUUUUGUAAAUUUGAAGAAAAAAAAAAUUAAUCAAGCCGAAGAAGAGAAGAAAAAUUUGUAAAUUUGGGAAAAGAAAAAUUUUUUAUAAUUACGGAAAAAAAAGUACGAAAGAAAAAAAUUAUGUAAAUUUGAAAGCGAAAAAUUAAUAAUGAAAAGGAGAAUAAAAUUUGGACAAUUUUAAAUAAAAAUAAAAUAAUGGACAAGAGAAGAAACUAUGAAAAGAAGAAAAAAAGAAGAGAAAGAAAUAAAGAACAAAAAAAAAGAAAGAAGAAAAUUAAGAAAAAAAAUAGAAAAUAAAUUCAAAGACGGAAAAAAGGUGAAAAUUCCCCGAAUAAAUGAGAAAGAAGAGGAAUAAAUGAUGAAGAAUAAAUGGAAAAAGAAGAAUUAAAAAAAGAGAUGAAAAAUAUUCUUUUUUUUAUUUAUUUUUUUUUUUUUUGAAAAUAAUUGUAAAUAGCGAUUUAAAAAGAAAGAAGCGUUGAAAAGCUUUUUCCGCUUUAAAAGAAAAAAAAAAAAGAAAAAUAAUCAUUUUUGCGCGUCAUAAAAAAAGCUUUCUUUGUUUCGAAUUCGUUUUCCUCCCCUUCCCCCCUUUGCCCCCCUCAUUUUUCUCUCGGCAUUCUAAAAAAAAAUCAAUUAAGAAUUUUUUUUUUUUUUAAAUACGAAAGAAAAAAAGUAAAUUAUUUUGAAAUUUUCGAAAAAUAAUUUACUUUUUUUCAAAGAGAAGGAAAGUUUUAUACUUUUUUUUUCUUUUUUUUUUUUUAAUGAGAGAGAAAGAAAGUUAAUUAUUUUUAUUUCCUUUUCAUUCUCUAAAAAAAAGAAUUUUUUUUAACAAAAACGAAAAAAAUUCCUUUUUUUGUAAUACAAAAAGGAAAAAAAUAUUUUUUCCAAAAGAAAUAAAAAUAAUUUUUUUUUUUUUUUAAAUAAGAAAAAAGUGUACUUAACGGAUCGAAAAAACUUUUUUUUUACUCUAUAUAUAAAAUUUGCAAGAUCCGUUGAUUGAUAAAAAAAAUUCUUUCAAUGUCAAAAAGAAUUUUCUUUUGUUUUUUUAGUUUUUUUUUCUCUCCUUUCAGUGAAUUUUUUUCUAACACAAUUUUUCUAUUUUUUUUUCUCUCUCUCUCUCUUUCUUUCUCUUCUUUCUUUUUUUUCUUGUACGUUGUGUUGAAAAAAAAGAAAGAAAUUUAGAGAAUUAAUUUAUAUACAUAGUUAUAUAUAUAUAGAGAAAAAAAAUGCCAGGAGAUGAAGAUGCUUGUACAGUAUUUUUUAAAUGUAAACCCUCCCUUCCCUCCUUUGCCCCCCCCCCUCGCAACCUUGUGAGCUCAUCAUCUUCGAUCUGUUUAAUUAUUAUUAUUAUGUAAUUUUUUUCCAAUUUUUUCCGUUUUUUUUUUUAACGUAUUGGCGAUCAUUUUUGAAAAAAAGUCGUUAAGCCCCCUUAAACCCCUUUUUUGAAAGAAAAAAAUGAUCGAGUUUUUAAAUCGCAAAAUCGAAAAAAAAUUUGCUUUUAAUCUUUUUUAUCUUCUUUCUAUUUUUAAGUCUUUUUGUACCAUAUUUUCUUCAUUUAAAAAAAAUUUUUUUUCUUUCUUCUUUCCCGCCUUUUCUUUCUUUCUUUCUUUCUUUCUUUAAUAACAAAGAAAAAAAGAAAGAAAAGUUUAUGUCUGCGAUUUAAAAACUGAAUUCUUUUUUCAAUUUCAUAAUUUUUGCAAAAAAAAAAAGAAAAAUACUUUCUCUUUCUCUCUUUGUUCUUCCCCUGUCCCCUGAAAAAUAUUUUGUCAUCAAUUUCUAUUAUAUUGAUUAUAAAAAAAAAAAAUGAGGUGUUUAUUUUUCAUCGAAGACGAAAAAAAAAUGAAAGAGCAACAAAGUGUGAUUAUUAUCUAAGUAUAUUCAUCUCGAUCUUAAUAUUAAAUAGUUUAUAAUAAAUAUAUUUGUACUAAUUUUAAUCAGGAA